CCCCAAACCAUUUGCUUGAUCGGCUCAACCACAAUUAAUAUUGAUAAGGAAGUCUUUUCAUCCAAUGGCAGUCGACAGUGUGACCAAUUUGUCCUCACCCAGACACGUUUACGAGUUGGGCCGUCGUCUGGCCCUCCUCUCCACUCAUGGAAUCUGGGCCCGCCCGGCCAAAUUUACAGCCAAUCCGCGCUUGUCGCACAAAACGCCGCCGUAUCACGCAUGUCGACAACAUUUGCUCUCCGGUGAUUCCUAAGCGCGGCAAGCGCUUUACCGCCACCACGCGCUGCUCACCCGUUUUACCUGUCCUCUGUCGGCAACGAAGGCAAUUAUUCCCCCAACAACGCCUAUAAACUUAAAAAAAAAAAAAGGUUCAAAAUCCCUACUUCAUCAUCUCACCGUUCAAUCUUACACCACACUUCCACGUCAUCACCAUCAACGGUUUUGGGUACCGCCAAAACGCCUCGGAUCCUUCACUGUGAGCGGCCGCGCAUUAUAUAUCUCCAUAAAUGAACCCAAUUUUUGGUUCAAUUUGAAGAGGAGAUUAUUACAACGAGAAACGAAAGGGACUACUGAAAGAUAGACAAAAAAAAAAAAAAGGGUUUUGGGUUGUUUCCGUUGUGUCUGUAGGCGAAGGCAAAGCUGAGGUUUUUGGACGAUUCUAUGGCGGAGCAGGAGGUGAAGAAACCAGAAGCCGAACCCCCAGUUGUAGCUGAAGCUCCGGCGCCGCCGGCUGCCGUGGAGGAGAAGUCCAUGGUUCCCACGCCGGAAGAGGCCAAACCGGAGAAGACCCAUGAAGAAUCCCAUGCUCUGGCUGUGGUAGAAGCAAGUAAGCUUUCCUUGGGUUUUCUAAAGCUAAUGGCUUUCCCCCCCUCUUCUGUGUGAUGAGUCCCAAUUGGGCAAUAAUUGAAUUCUCCAUGUUUUGCUUUGCUGCUACAAUCUGGAAACCUGCAGAAGCUGCUUCAUUUAUGGUGCUGUCAUGCUUUUUCUUUUCUUUCUUUUUCAAUUACCAUAUGGUGGGUAUUUUUAGGCUUUGCUGUCCUUUUUCACUUCCCUGGAAUAUUGCCAGUGUGGCAAGCAGCAGCAUAGCUUUGAUUCUUGCUUUUUUUCUUCUUGGGGAAGUUGGUUAAUUUUCCAGGCAAGGCGAUUACUUUUAGUUACAGAUAUUUGUGGAGAUGAUUGUAGAGUGAGUUUCAGCAGUAGCAAACUGGCACAAUUGCCUUUUUGAUUUCCCUUUUGCUCGAAUGAUUUGUUUAGUUGUAAAUUAGGGGGUGGGGUGGGGGGGAUUUGUCCUCCCUGUCUCCCCACAUCCACAUGCACCUUUAGAUUUUCCAGAAAGGAAAAAGCUUCAUGUGCAGCACUGGCAAUGAUCAUAAAUGUGUAUGGUCGUUAAUGGAAUCGUCAAUUAUGCCAGCUCUCCCCCAAGCUUGACUUUAAUGGCAUCUCAAAAAGGACUGUUGUUGGGUCCUACUUCUUUGGAUGCCAUGGCAUGGGAUAUAAUGGAGCUUGAUCAAAAGGGGAAAAGAUAUCAUAAUUGCAGGAAAGUGGGCUUUAAUAAUUUCAGGGUCUCCUGCAAUUUCAACAAUUUUAUGUGUUCUAAUGUGUUGAUUAUUGUUAGUAGUGCUGGAAAGCUUUGAUGUGUGGAUUAUCCAUCCUGUUACUCACCGCUUUUUGUAAAAUACCAACUAAGCAAGUUUUUGUCACUAGUUAGUUGCAACCUGGAUUUUAUGUGUAAAGAAUGCUACCACUUGAUGCUGGCUCCGAAUCUGUUUUUACAAAGAGAAAGUGAACCUCUCUGCUUUCCCAUGUUUUUCUUUUAUGAGGAUAAAUCCCUUAUAAGGAAGGGACUUGAUUUGUCUGUGACUCAAUUGUGGUUCCAAGUUGCUUAGGAAGACUGCAAGUGUCUUAAUUCACCUCUACAUAGCUAUGGGAAUUAAAAAGGCUCCAGAGCCGGUUCCGAAGAAGAUAUCGGGUGGAUCGCACGAUAGAGAUGUUGCUCUUGCUGAUAUUGUGAAAGAGAAGCAGACGUGCUUCAUUAAGGCAUGGGAAGACACUGAGAAAUCCAAAGUGAACAACAAGGCUCAGAAAGAAAUCUCUGCUAUUUCUGCAUGGGAGAACACCAAGAAGUCAGCUGUGGAAGCUAAACUGAAAAAGCUCGAGGAGCAAUUGGAGAAGAAGAAGGCUGAAUAUGGGGAGAAGAUGAAGAACAAAGUGGCUCAAAUCCACAAAGAAGCUGAAGAGAAAAGGGCUAUGGUGGAAGCCAAGCGCGGGGAGGAGUUUCUGAAAGCAGAGGAAAUGGCUGCCAAAUACCGUGCCACUGGCCAAGUUCCAAAGAAGCUGUUCGGUUGCUUCUGAAAAACAAAAAGGCCAUGGAUACAAUGCAACUAUAAGACUGAGAGCUCCUCCUUCUGUGUGUUUUUUACCUUCAAAACUUUUUUCACUUUUCCACCUCUAUAUACCCUCCAUUUUGUGUUCCUUUCUGCCACUGAACUUUGGCUAUAUAUGUUUUGUGCACGAAGAAGGUCAACCAUGUGAGCAACUGUACUUUUCUGUAAGAUCUCAUGUGUCCAUAUGUACAAAAAAACGAAUGAAUCCAAGUCUGUAUUUU